GAUUCUAUUGAUACUACUAGGAUUUUAUCGAAGCUUAAAAGAAUAUUCAAUCAAUCGUCUAAGAGGCAGAAUUUGACUAUAUUUGCUAUUAACAUCGCAGGCGAUAAUAUAGAACUUUAUGCUAUGCGUAGAGAGUCGGGUAUUUACAAGUACUGUCUAAUAGAGGAAGCAACAAUUCCGUUACAUAUGACUUCGCCAAGUGCUGUAUACCCACUUAUACAUGCUUUGAUGACUCUGAGAACAGCCGUCGCAUGUACAAUCCAUAAGAUAUUAUAUAAUUCUGAUUCUGGGGAUAGUGAGCAUAGUUCUGGUGAAAUGACAACAACCGUACCGACUCCUUAG